GGGUGGGGAGGAGGGGGGGAAAAUGUAGAGAGAGAAAUUUCACCACCCAGAGUGUCAUAGCGCUGAGAGAGAGAGAGUAUAGCGUUGCAGGCGUUGUUGCAGAACCGUGGCAGAUGGUCUUUUAACCUUUUCUCUCGAAAUAAUUCGCUCCCUCUCUCUCUCUACCCACGUCUAUCUCUCUCCUCAUUACGGUUCUAUUCUGGGGUGGCUCUUUGCCUGGGAGCAGUGAGCAUUAUAUGCUCAUCGAAGGAGGAGAAAAAAAUGAGAACGGAAAAGCAAAAUGCAGUGUACCCCAUCUUUCUCUGCAGGCAGAGAGAGCCCUGUGUGUGCCAGAGCGAUGUGAUGGAACGAGUAAAAGUAAGCUAAUCUCAGACUUGAGGCUGUCAUAACAUCUCAGAGGGAGAAGAAGAAGAAGAAGAAAGCCCAAGAAUUUACUUCUUGGUUUUUUCAAAAUGACUAUCAAAGACCCAACGAACAUGCGCUUCUCUUUCUUCAGCUCCUCCUUCCUAUCUCUGCAGGCAUCGUGUCGGUGAGCUCGGAGUGGGCUCCGACCGGGCAAGCUUUGCUUCCGAAGCAUUCGUUCGUAACAGAGUCCAAAGUUGGCUCCUUUGCCGCGAAUUCUGGAGUUUGAAAAGUGUGUGGUUGGCUGGGGGAACGGCCAUGGCGUUUCGGCUCGCGCUCGUGCUCGCGGUCUCUCUGGUUUGCUUCAGCUCUGGUUUGGUGGACUGUGAUGAUGGAGCCACGCUGUUGGAGGUAAAGAAGUCGUUUAGGGACGUGGACAAUGUUCUUUACGACUGGACAGAUUCACCAUCCUCUGAUUAUUGUGUGUGGAGAGGGGUCUCCUGCGACAAUGUCACCUUCAAUGUGGUAGCGAUCAAUUUGACAGGUCUAAAUCUGGAUGGCGAAAUCUCUCCUUCCGUUGGAGAUCUUAAAGGCCUUCUCUCACUCGAUUUGAGUAGUAACCGGCUCUCAGGGCAGAUUCCAGAUGAGAUAGGUGAUUGUUCUUCUCUGACAAGCCUGGAUUUGUCAUUCAAUGAGUUAGAUGGGGACAUCCCGUUCUCGAUAUCAAAGUUGAAGCAGCUGGAGUUGCUGGCAUUGAAGAACAAUCAGCUUAUUGGACCGAUUCCUUCGACCCUUUCUCAGAUUCCAAAUUUGAAGACGCUGGAUUUAGCUCAAAAUAACUUGAGUGGGGAGAUACCCAGACUACUGUAUUGGAAUGAAGUUCUACAGUAUCUUGGAUUGCGAGGGAACAAUUUGGUGGGCACGCUGUCCCCCGACAUGUGUCAGUUAACUGGUUUAUGGUACUUUGAUGUUAAAAACAAUAGUUUGACUGGAAGCAUUCCUCCCAGUAUUGGCAACUGCACAGCCUUCCAGGUCUUGGAUUUGUCCUAUAAUCAGUUAACCGGGAAAAUUCCAUUCAACAUUGGUUUCCUGCAAGUGGCCACCUUGUCAUUGCAAGGUAAUCAGCUGUCAGGGCAAAUUCCAUCUGUGAUUGGUCUCAUGCAGGCCCUUGCAGUCUUAGAUCUGAGCUGUAACAUGUUAACUGGACCCAUCCCCCCUAUUUUGGGAAAUUUGACCUACACGGAGAAACUGUACUUAAAUGGCAACAAACUGACCGGACAAAUCCCUCCGGAGCUUGGAAAUAUGUCAAAGCUUCAUUAUUUGGAAUUAAAUGAUAAUCAUCUCACAGGGAGUAUUCCGCCUGAGCUUGGGAAGCUUACUGAGUUAUAUGACCUUAAUGUUGCCAACAAUAAUCUUGAAGGGCAGAUUCCUGAUAAUAUCAGCUCCUGUACAAAUCUCAACAGCCUCAAUUUGCAUGGGAACAAACUGAAUGGGACCAUCCCCCCUUCUUUGCAGAGGCUAGAGAAAAUAUCAAAACUGAAUAUUUCAUCAAACAAUCUUAUGGGUUCCAUUCCGAUUGAGCUUUCCCGAAUUGGGUAUUUGGAUACCCUGGAUCUUUCGAAUAAUAAGCUCAGUGGUUCUAUCCCUUUUUCUCUUGGUGACUUGGAACAUCUGCAAAAGCUGAAUCUGAGCAGAAAUCACUUGACAGGAUUUAUUCCUGCUGAGUUUGGCAAUCUGAGAAUCAUCAUGGAUAUAGAUCUUUCAAAUAAUCAUCUAUCAGGCUUGAUCCCUGAAGAACUUAGUCAACUUCAAAGCAUAUUCUCAUUGAGGCUGGACCAUAAUAAUUUAUCUGGAGAUGUGAUUUCACUGAUGAACUCCCCUAGUCUGACUAUCCUAAAUGUAUCGUACAACAACUUGGUUGGGGAAAUACCCAUGAAUGACAAUUUCUCCCGCUUUUCACAAGACAGUUUUGUUGGGAAUCCGAGACUCUGUGGCUAUUGGCUAAAUUCUCCUUGUGGCAAUUCUCACUUUACUGAACGAGUUACAAUUUCUAAAGCUGCCAUACUGGGAAUUGCUCUUGGUGCACUUGUUAUCCUUCUCAUGAUUCUGGUGGCAGCAUGCCGACCUCAGAAUUCUAACCCAUUUGUUGAUGGAUCCUUUGAUAAACCAGCCGUCUACUAUUCACCACCAAAGCUGGUAAUUCUACACAUGAACAUGGCCCUACAUGUCUACGAGGAUAUCAUGAGGAUGACUGAGAAUUUAAGUGAGAAGUAUAUAAUCGGUUAUGGGGCUUCAAGCACAGUAUACAAAUGCGUUCUUAAAAAUUGCAAGCCGGUCGCCAUCAAGAAACUCUACUCUCAGUAUGCACAGUGCUUGAAGGAGUUUGAGACAGAGCUUGAGACUGUCGGACGCCUUAAGCACCGAAAUCUUGUCUGCCUCCAAGGAUACUCUCUGUCCCCUUCUGGCAACCCUUUUUACGAUUACAUGGAAAAUGGCAGCCUCUGGGAUCUUCUCCAUGGCCCUGCGAAGAAAAAUAAACCUGACUGGGACACUCGUCUCAAGAUAGCACUUGGUGCCGCUGAGGGGCUUGCAUAUCUUCACCAUGAUUGUAGUCCGCGUAUCAUCCACAGGGACGUGAAAUCAUCAAACAUUCUACUCGAUAAGGAAUUCGAGGCGCAUCUCACUGAUUUUGGGAUUGCAAAGACCCUGUGCACAACGAAGUCCCAUACUUCUACGUCCAUAAUGGGGACCAUUGGCUACAUUGACCCAGAAUAUGCCCGCACUUCUCGCCUCACAGAGAAGUCGGAUGUCUACAGCUAUGGAGUUGUUUUACUGGAGUUGCUGACUGGCAGGAAAGCAGUGGACAAUGAAUCCAAUCUCCAUCACCUGAUCUUAUCCAAAACUGCAAGCGAUGCGGUAAUGGAAACGGUUGAUCCCGACGUCACUGCCACAUGUAAAGAUCUUGGAGCAGUGAAGAAGGUUUUCCAACUUGCUCUCUUGUGCACUAAGAGGCAACCGUCGGAACGUCCUACCAUGCACGAAGUGGCUAGAGUCCUCGGAAGCCUGUUGCCGUCCACAACCCCACCGAAGCAGUUAUCUGCGUUAGGGUCCGCUCCGCUCCCGGGCACAAAGAUCGCUAGUUACAAGGACGAGUAUGCAAAUUUGAAGACUCCGCACUUGGUAAAUUGCUCAGCCAUGAGCACCUCGGAUGCCCAACUCUUCCGUAAAUUUGGUGAGGUGAUCUCUCAGAACAGCGACCUGGACCCUGAAAAGUCGGCUUAAGAAGGAUGGGUAGGCUUUCAGUUUGGAUGGGAGGCGAAGAGGGAAAAUGUGUAUAAAUAUGUGGAACUCGACAUUCUCUUGUUAGCAUAUGCUAGUUUUACUACUUCUCUAGUUAGUAUCAGCUUUCUAGCUGAAGUGAAAAAGGUUGAACAAACUCACUGAUACUGAUAGGUCAAAUGGGGUUGUGCCCCAAUUUUUACCAUAAGCGUCGCGCUGUGUUGAAGUACAUGAUACUAAUUUUUGCACAUGGUGGACCGCCAUUGCCACCCGGGGAACCGGGUGGCACUGGAAAAAUGUCCAGCGAUUCUGUCAACUGAGCAAUAGAUGUAAUCAGAGUCUGCCGAGGGCACUGUA